AUGGCAGUCCCCCCAGCACCUCACGCCGCGCUGCAUACACCUCACGACGAUGCACUGCCUGCAGCGACUAACCAUAGACCUGUCACUUCGUGCACUCACUGUCGUCAACAGAAGAUUCGUUGUAAUGCGCUCCAGAAACAACCCCAGCCUUGUACCCGUUGCGCCAAGCUUAAUCUUAAAUGUAAUAUCGAUCCCAACUUCAAACCUAAAAAGGGUUCACAGUUGAAGUCGUUGAAGGAUGAGAUUGAUCAUUUGAAAAGAGCUUUGAAGGCAAAGACCGAUCUUUUGGAUAGUGCUGGCGUUAUCACACAACUUCUACAUUAUAAUCCAGAUUCAGAUUCUAAAUCUAAUAGUACAACUACAGCUACAAAUGCGGAGGCUGCAUGUGCGUCUGCCAUCUUUAAGAUAAACGAUUUCCAAAUAGGUUUUACAGCAGCUUCAGAACUUCUUUCCAUCUUUAAUUCUCGGUUUUUACCUUUCCUCCCCAUAUUAGAACCAGUCCACAACCCAGUACAAUUAUACCUACAAUCUAAACUACUUUUCUGGUCCAUAAUACUAGUAGCAUCUCUUCAUUCAGGUAACGCUACAAAUUAUUUAAAACUUUCUGGUCUUGUAAGACUUCUCAUCAACAAGAUCUGUUGGCUACGUACACCUCGUUCUACUCAUAUCUCCCAGGCGUUACUUAUCCUAGCAAACUGGCCCUUGCCAAACCAAAAGAUUCUUGAUGAUUCUUCAUAUCGUUAUGUAAGUUUAUCAAGAACAUUAUCUUUACAAUUGGGUCUUCAUAGAGGUGGUCAAUUUAUAUCGGAAUUUUCUCGUUCUCAAGUAAAAUUGAAAAACCCUGAAUAUUGGAGAUCAAUCACCUGGAAAUCAAUUUUUUUCCAAGAUUUACUUUGGUCAAGUAUCUUGGGCCUUCCUCCUUCUGUAGAUUUAGAUUAUUUGAUCUUACAAGAUACAAAAUCUUGUGAUGAUCAAGAUGAUAUAAAUGGGAAAAGAUUCAAUUGUUUGCUAGAGUUGGCCAAAUUCCAGUUGAAAUUAUUUAAGAGAUUAGGUCAAAAUAAAGAUGUUCCAGAUGGCCUGUUACUUUAUCAAAAGAGAGAUCUCAUCUUAAAAGGAGCCUUAGAUGAAUUCGAUACUCUUUGCGAAUCUUUCCAAGAUCAAUCUCACUUAAUCGUGAAAAUUUAUUCCUCUUAUACAAAAUUAAUCAUUUGUGGGUUUGCAUUUCUACCUGAAACUUCUUUAAACUUACAAUCAAAAUUCAUUCUUAUAGCAUAUCAUUCUUCCACAGAGAUAGUAACGAAUUUAACAAACUUGAUCAAAUCAUACCCUCUUAUUGAAUUGCCAAUCUAUAUCAGGCAAUCUGCUUCAUAUGCUUCCAUGAUUCUUUUCAAAUUACAAUUCUCCCCAUAUUUAUCAACCAAAUAUUUCAAUUCUAUUAGACAAUCAAUAGUGACUAUCCAUAGAUUAUAUCGUAAUCAAUUAAAUGAUUGGAAAAAAUUAAUUGAAAAUGAUAUUUCUCGUACUGCAAGUUUAUUAGAAAAAUUGAAUUUUGUCUUAAUAACUUUUCCAGAAAUUUUCUUGGAAAAUAAUAAAUUCAUAAUAUCAAAGAUGAGAUCACAUCUUACUGGGUCUCUCUUCUAUGAUUUAGUUUGGUGUAUUCAUGAGGCAAGAAGAAGACAGAAUUUGAAGAAAUCAGAAAAAAAUUCAACAAAUUCAAAUCAAAAUUCAGAUACUGAAAAUUUAUUAAAUUCUAAAAAAUUAUUUCCAUUACCUCUGUAUAAUCAAAUUACAAAGGAGAAUUUCGAAAAUGUGACAACAACUUCUCCCAAUGGUACCACUAUAACAAAAUUGAUCCCUACAAAAUUGGCUCUAGAUAAGAUUGAAAGAGAAUUGAAUUAUGAUACAACUACCCCAGUACAUAGUACUAUUUCAAAACCAUUAGAAUCUUUCCCACCAGUUAUCUUGGAAAAAAAUAUAGAUCCAGAUUAUAAACAAAUUAAAAUGAUUAAUGGUAUACCACUGUCAAUGUUGGAUGAAACAGGCAGUAUUGAUAAAAAUUUAUAUUUACUUUCUGCAAAUACUUCAAAUUCAAUCAACAACAACGAUAUAUCUUUACAAACAGCAAUCAAUUUAAAUGAUCAUAAUAAUUUGAAUCCAUUUUCUCAAUCAAAUUCAUUAACAAAUAUAAAAUCACCAACUGUGGCAACAGAACCAUUAUAUAAUAAUGUAUCACCAAUUUUACAUUCCACAGAUUUGGACAAUUUACAUCCCUUUAAUGCAUCUACACUGUUGAACAAUCAAGUCUCUUAUACUUCUCAUAAUCAAAAUAUUCAUGGUAUUCAUAAUCAUCAUAUGAAAAAUGAUUCUCCAUUAACCAUUAGUUCAUACCCUCCGAGAUAUAAAAAUAAAAAUAAAUCUCUAUUUGCAAAUAAUCAUGGGAACUCCAAUUCAAAUUCACAUCAUAACAAUAAUAACAGUAACAACAAGAAUAACAAUGGUUAUGGUGGCAUCCAUAAUUAUCAAUCAAUAAAUCAAAACCAAUUUCAAAAUAAUAAUAGAGUGAACAAGGGGAAUAAUUUACAUAAUCUUCAUAACAAUCUAAACAAUUUAAAUUUCUUCAAUCCAAAAUCUUAUGAUCCAACUACUCCAAAUUCUCUUUUAAAUAAUAUAAAAUUACAAUCGUCUUCUCAUAUUAAUUUAACCCAUACAAACUCAAAUCCUCAAUUUAACAACAACAACAAGAAUAAUAAUAAUUCAAUGAUAACUACCACUGAUGCAAUCACAAAUGCAAAUUCAAACAACAACACAAAUUUAAAUACAAAUACUAACGCAAACCCCAAUACAAUAAGUGCAAGCGAAAGUUCAAAUUCAAAUUCAAAUUCAAAUUAUUAUGACUCUCUUUCAAUACCUGAAUAUUCAAGUAAUACCCAUCCAAGUAAUAUUAUGAGUAAUCCUACAAUCAUCAUAAAUAAUCCUCCUUCCUUAGAAUCAAAUCUAUUAAAUUCAUCCAAUCCGUUGUUAAACAAUUCUACCAAUCCAAAUCCUCAAUCUGAUUCAAAUCCUCCAACUGAUCCAAAUCCAAAUAAUGAUUCUAACAUCAUCACUUCAAACAUGAAUAACCCUUCAGAAUUGGAUAUUUUCUUCCAACAACAAAGUGCAGGUUGGAUUGAAGCUGGGUUUAAUAGUGAUGAUUUCUUGGGCUAUUUUGACGUAGAUAUGAAUCCAGAAUUUUAA